AGCAAUAGCAGUGACCAAAGUGGAAACCGAUCAUAUCUGAUAUCUAUCCUACUCAAGGAAAAAAAGUAUAGCAUAUAGAUUUGUUACAUGAUGGUGUGAGGAGCAUACACAUGGCAGGCAGUUCAAAUAAAAUGAGAGAUUUGAUUUUGACAAGGGAUGGAAUGAUUUAUCAUUUUCAACCUUAUAUUUCUAUAGCUAUUCCUAAGAUAGCCAGGAAAGGAUAGAACUUUGCAAGGAGAAAAGAGGAAAAGAAAAAGGAGAAAAGAUGAUAGUGGAGAAUCCUAAGCUUGAAGGGGUGCAACAGUGAAGAUGACAUAAGCAUUGUUCCCUACAGAACCAAGCAUCAACAGGUGGGGUUACUGAUUAGGAUGACAAAAAAAUAAAAAACAUCCCAUCUCACUUCCAUUACACUUUGAUGCCCUUGUCCAUUAGUGUUUUUUUUUUCUGCUUUUGAUCUAACCUUAAAAGGAUUCCAAUGAGCCUUUUUACAUAUAUGCAACUUCCCUUGAUCACCGGAACUCUUCAGAGAAUUUAGGGAGAAAAUGAUGAUCACAGAAGAUGAAACAACUCUUACAACAGGCAAAGAACAACAAAGUGAAGUGAUGAACGGAGACAAGGACAAUCAUGGAAGCGAAGAUGGCAACCCCAAAGAGUGGUUGAACCUGAGCAUAGGUGGAACUUCUUCACUAUCAACAUCUGGAGACACUGAUUCACAAGCAAGACCACCAGCCACUGCCAAAGUUUUUUCAUGCAACUUCUGCAUGAGGAAGUUCUUUAGCUCACAAGCACUAGGAGGCCAUCAGAACGCGCACAAGAGGGAAAGGGGAGCUGCCAGAAGAUACCAAUCUCAGAGAUCGAUGGCAAUAAUGGGAUUCUCCAUGAACACACCAACUAUGUUUCGAUCACUUGGUGUUCAGCCCCAUUCACUUGUGCACAAGCCACGCAGAGGUGGUGGUACCAUGGUGACACCGGGCUUUCAUGAUGCAAAUGCACAUGCAAGACUUGGGAUGGCAUGGACACCUUUCUCGACCGAGGAUCAAGCAGAUAUGGUGUGGCCAGGCAGCUUUCGCUUGGUUCCACAGGAGCCACUCAAGCUUGAUUUAGGCCUAAGACUCUGACAACAGUAUUUGGGCUCAGUUUGAAACCUUAUCCUCCUUUUCAUCCUAAAGAGCUAGCUCGUUAGUCUAAGCAGGAAAAAGAGAACAGGGGUAGAAGAUCCUUGACCUGGAAGAGUCAAUAACUCAGAUGAGGAUGGUACUGCAUAGUAAAUGUGCUCACUUGACAUGUUACUGACUUAGGGACAUUUUGCUUUUCGACAUGAAAAUCCUGAUUUUCAUCCUGCAUGUACUUUAGAACAAGGACUACCACAAACAAUUAGUGGAUGCAAGGAUGAAACUUUCCAACAAGACAGUUGAUGCUGUUAAUGUCCAUGUACGGAGAAAAUUUCUGGUUUAUAACAGUACGCUUAGGUCACUAUGAUAUUCAAACUUCAAAAUUAACAGGCUUUCACAAACCAUAGCUGUGCCGACAAUACAAAUCUUGGAAGUGACUCUGAUCAAAAUACGCUUAUGUUUGUCAACAUUAGAGUAGGAGAUAUUCCUACUUUGCUCAACCUACGUCUUGCUUAGUUAUCUAUCGCCAUGCUUUUCUUCGAAAUAACAAUCUAUUUGGGUAGAAAGUGGCAUCUGCUAGAAACAUUUCACUUGCUUUAAAAUAGCGUUUCGUGAGCAUAAUACGAAACAUACAAAGACAACCCGGAAAAGCCUUUCCAAAAGGCAAUUGCAAGUGAGAGCGUCUGCUGGGUUCCAUGCAUUUUCUUUGGCCCCAUUGCCCCACGAGUUUAGCUCCUUUAAAAUGAAAGAUUACUUCUGAGAGGAACGUGAAAAGUUAUAGCUAUUAGAAAUUAACAGUUAAAAUUGUGACCAAAUGCAUAAGUUCGUAUCAUAAAUUAUAGAAUUAACUUCAACCUAUAUAUAAGUAAUAAACUUCUCAAUUUUUCAUGUAAAAUGAAUCCCUCGCAUAUUAGUUAGAUCUCACCCCAACCCUCCCUCCAACCUUUCGUACAAGAACAGAACAUGAUUAGCAUGCAUCUAUGAGCUUAUCUCAUAAGAAGCAAUUUAUGGUUCCAAACAGCCAUGGUAAAGAUGAAUAAAUAUGAA